AUGUUGAAAUUUCCCACUUCAGUACUGGAACUGCGGCAGAUCGAUUCUGAAAUGCGCGAGCAAGCGCUGGAAGGUAGCCCUGCAGGAGGGCCUGCUGUGCGGGGACGUUGGAGUGUUUCCAUCCGCGCCGAUCAGGAAGGACGCAAGUCCGAAUGCAAUUCACUUCCGCGGCACAACGGCUUCUCAUUCUCUAAUAUGUCCGGGCGCCAUCUUCAAGCCUUGCUGGCUGUUUGCUAG